CCCGCCCCGGGCCGCCGCCGCGCUUCAUGGCUGCGCACGAGUGGGACUGGUUCCAGCGCGAGGAGCUCAUCGGCCAGAUCAGCGACAUCCGCGUCCAGAACCUGCAAGUUGAGAGAGAAAAUGUGCAGAAGAGGACCUUUACGCGAUGGGUAAAUCUACAUCUAGAGAAGUGCAACCCUCCUCUAGAAGUGAAAGAUUUAUUCGUUGAUAUACAAGAUGGCAAAAUCCUAAUGGCUUUGUUAGAAGUCCUGUCUGGGCGAAAUCUGCUGCACGAAUACAAAUCCUCAUCCCAUCGUAUUUUCCGGUUGAACAACAUAGCGAAAGCACUUAAGUUUUUGGAAGAUAGCAACGUGAAACUGGUUAGCAUCGACGCAGCAGAAAUAGCAGAUGGCAACCCCUCUUUGGUUCUUGGGCUGAUAUGGAACAUAAUCCUCUUCUUCCAGAUUAAGGAGCUCACGGGCAAUCUCAGCAGAAACUCUCCAUCUUCCAGCCUGUCACCUGGCUCAGGGGGUACAGACUCAGACUCUUCCUUCCCACCCACGCCCACCGCAGAGAGGAGCAUGGCGGUAUCGGUGAAAGAUCAGAGGAAGGCCAUCAGGACUCUGCUGGCGUGGGUGCAGAGGAAAACGAGGAAGUAUGGCGUGGCGGUGCAGGACUUUGCAGGCAGCUGGAGGAGCGGGAUGGCUUUCCUGGCCGUGAUCAAGGCCAUCGACCCCAGCCUGGUUGACAUGAAGCAGGCUCUGGAAGAUUCCAUGCGGGAAAACCUAGAGAAGGCUUUUAGCAUCGCACACGAGGCUCUUCACAUUCCCAGGCUCCUGGAGCCAGAAGACAUCAUGGUUGACACGCCAGACGAGCAGUCUAUUGUGACUUACGUGGCACAGUUUCUGGAACAUUUCCCGGAGUUGGAAGCGGAGGAUUUCUCGGAUUUGGAUAAAGAAGCUCCAAUUGAAUCCACUUUUGUCCGCAUCAAAGAGACUCCUUCUGAACAGGAGAGCACGGUCUUCCUUCUGACCGAAAACGGGGACCGGGCCUACACCAUUAACCACGAAGCCAGCCAACCACCACCCUCCAAAGUCUUCGUCUGUGACAAGCCCGAGAGCGUGAAAGAAAGCUUCCAGGAUGGCGUGUCCAGCUGUGCGCUGUCAGACAGCGCCCCCGAGUUCAUGCACCAGAUCAUCGACCAGGCCCUGCAAGGGGACCCAGGUAAGGCCAGCAGCACCAACGACCCGUCUCCAGAAUCUUCCAUUUUAUCAUCGAGAAAGGACAGCCGGAGGUCCAACUCAUUGCCGAUCAAGAAAACCGUGCACUUUGAGGCCGACACCUUCAAGGACGCUUCCUGCAGUAACGAUCCUUUCUACAGUCAUGACUUUCGCUUUGAAGGGAGCCCGAGAGGGACAAAGGACUCAUUGAAGCAGGAUGGGUACCUCCUGGCAGUUGAGAUUGCUGAGGAAAAGUCGCAACAGGAGGCCCCCAAGAUUGCGGAAGCAGCCUCUGAUGAGUCCCCGGGUGACGUCUCUUUGGCGGACGGCAAGAGCAAUCAUUCGCAGACUUCCCAGAGUUCUCCAUCCUGGAACGGGGAGCCAGAGGGUGCGGGCAGCCCAGGGGAGGAGAGCUGUCCCCUCUCACCCCUUGAGGACAACACCAUCAUGGCCAAUUCCUUGGAGUUCAAGGUCAAGCUGCUGACCGUAGAAGCUAUGGGUGGGGAAGACUAUUUUGAGGGCAUACCCUUCAAAACCUCUAAAUUUAGCAGCGACCUCAUAGAUGUCGCCUCGACCAGCCAGGCUUUCAAUGAGGUCCCUUCUCCUCAUGAGAAAAAACCAGCAGAGGACGAGGUUUUGGAGGAUCACGCUGAGAAACCGGAGAAGAGGAGGAGUAAGUCUGUGCACCAGAGGAAAGAUUCGGACGAGUCCCCAGAGAGGCCCGAUGGCCUUGAACCUCACAGGGACACCGGGCAGGAAGACCAGGGCUCCUCUCCAGCCCCAGGGGAGGCGCCGGUGGAUAAAAAGCCAGAGGUGUACGAGAAGCCCAAGCGCAAGUCCCCACGGCGCCGUCGGGGCGAGGACAACGGGGAGGCCCCGGGGCUGCAGGAGCCAGAGGGGGAGCUGUCCCCUGACCCCCUGAGAGGCAGCGACAGCCUGGAGACCCUGUGCAGCCGCAGCGAGGAGGGCCUGGACUUCAAGCCCUCUCCACCCCUGUCCAAGAUCUCCGUCAUCCCCCACGACCUGUUCUACUACCCGCACUACGAGGUGCCCCUGGCUGCGGUUUUAGAGGCCUAUGCGGAGGGCGUGGAGGACUUGAAAAAUGAAGACCUGGAGCUCGAGGAGCCGGAGGGCUAUCCGUGUGCCGUGGGGGCCAGGGACGAGGCCCAGGAGGCCGCGGAGGCUGAGGCCUCUCGGAGUAGCUGCAGCUUCUCAGGGCCGGAGGAGGAUGUCCCCGAGGCCAGCAUCCCCGCAGCGCCUUGUCCCGACGGGGGUGUGGAGGACGCCACACUGGCCGCAGAACCCGCCACCCUGUCCCCGCCAGACGACCGCCAGCGAGGGGAAGGCCGACGACUGUGCCCCAUGGGCAGCGAGAGGGCCCAGGAAUUCGGAAACUCUGGAACCUUAGCAAACUCUUUAGAAGAGAAGGUAAUGGGAGAAUCAAUCAGCAGUAAAAAAAAGGAAAAAAGGAAGCAUGUGGACCACGUAGAAAGUUCAGUAUUUAUAGCACCCGGCACCGUCCGAUCCUCAGAUGACCUAGAAGAAGACACUGGUGAUCACAAAGUCCUCUCCAGGACUAGUCACAGUGACUCCAGCAUUUACGUUCGACGACAUACUAACAGGUCUUUGGAAUCGGAUCAUUUUAGCUAUGUUCAAUUGAGGAACGCAGCAGAUCUGGAUGACCGAAGAAACCGAAUGUUAACCAGGAAGGCCAAUAACUCGGGUGAAGCCACGUUGCCGGAGAGCCAGAGCCCACAGAGCGACUCUCUGACGCAGUUUGUCCAGCAGCCGGAUUUGAUGUAUUUUAUUCUCUUCCUCUGGCUUCUGGUGUACUGCCUGCUGCUGUUCCCACAGCUGGACGUCAACAGACUCUGAUGCGCGCGUCUGCAUAAUAAAAACCACAGGCCCCUGACCAGGGGCAGGAGGGAGCUCUUUUUACUUCACUUUAUUCGGGUGUUCGGAAGGGGCACUUCUGCAGACAGCUGAGGGCCUCAGGGAAGCAGCCCCCGCCCCCCCCGCUUCUCCACGGUGUCCUUUGUGUCCUGUAAGUCCCAAGCAUGCUCUCCUCUUCGGCUUCGUCCUCGAAACUCAGGUGUGUGUUUGGCUGGAUCGUUAGAUGGGGUUUGCUUUUGAGUGCCUUGCUUUGUCAGGUAUGAAGCAUCUUUGCAUAUUUAGCCAUAAUCUGGGUCGUGGCUCGUCCCCCCACGCAGGUUUCUAAGGGCAGGUUGGAGGAGGGUCCUCCUGAUGGGGAAGACGGGGAGACAUCCCCUGGGAAGGAAACUGCCCCGAGCUCCUCCCAGAGCGGGGUUUGAGUGAAGGCACUGGGGGUCUGUGCACCUGCUCUCAUCUGGCUGUUGGUUGUAUCCGAGCAGCACAAAGCUGCAAGCUCCAGGAACACGUGUCCAGGAACGGGAGGCCCGAGGGAAGCGUGGGGGCUGUGUAGUGAGCUGUGGUGCACUCUCUCUCAGCCUACUUUUGGGGGGAAGCUGGGAAGGGUAGGAUGUAAAUUUUUUGCAUCGGCUGAAUUGAGGUUAAAGCUGUGAUUUUCAAAUAUUUGCCACCAACGGAACCCUCCUUUCAAAUGACUUCUUAGUAGGGGAGAAUUUAGAUUCUCAGCUCAGCAGACACAGGCCAGGGCCUGGGAUCCCUCCCACUUUGCCUCACCAGCACCCCCAGCUUCUACUGAUGGCUCCCGAGGCCUCUGCGCCAGUCUCCAAGGCCCCACAGGGUCUGCCAAAAGCUCCUUAAAAGCCCAGAGGAGGAGCGCAGGAGUGGCUGGGCUCAGAAUAAGUCCGGGCUGCUGUUCAAGCUGGGAGUGGCCCAGCCGCCACCUGCCUUUUACGUACACCUGCGACAGCGUGGGCAUCCUUUGUGGUCGGUCAUGAUGGGAUUCUUGAAAAGACUUUCUGGAAGGUACCCCGAGAAGUAGACCAGAACAGGCAGUUUGUGAGGUCUCCCCACCCUCCCAUCUUCCUUCUGCCCUGCACCCCCCAGCUCCCACUUCCCUCCAAGAUGCAGGGCCAUGGUGACCCUCCUCCCAUCUUUCCUGCCCCUGCAAGUGGUACUCAAAUGAUCACAAACCAUUAGGUCAGGAGAGGCCUCAGACAGCCUCUUGUCUGCCAAACCCAGAGAGGCAAAGCAGGUUGACCAAGGCCACGCAGCCAACCAGGAACAGACUUGCAAGGGCACCCGUGCCACCAUGAGCUGUCACCUCUUUGAGGAAACUCGUGUUGGGCCCAUGAAGGUCCCAGAAAAAAAAAAAAAAAAAAACUAAAUGAUGAGAUUAAAAUGUCCUCAUUUAAACAAAACCAAAAACUGGGGCCAGUGACAACCUUUGCUUUGUACUCCUAUUUUCCCCAUGAGGAAGCUGCAUGCGCUUUCACGCUCGUCCCCCGUGACUUUUGGAGUGCCCUUGAUGGUAGGGACAGCUUGUCGGCUGCCAUGCCGCCAGUUGUUCCUCCUCCAGAAAUCCCAGCUCUCUCUUAGCAAGCCAAGAUGCUUGCUUAUUUCAGGCAGCGCGUUUCAAGUUUAACCGAGUCCCAGCAUGGCCCACGGAAGUUACGUAGCACGUUUUAAUCGAUGACAGCCCAAAUCCCAUUCUGGGUUUAGCCUGCCUUCUCUCCUUCUUAGUUCUUAGAACAAAUCUGAGCCUUCCAAGCCGAAAGCCGCCGGGAGCUUGGAGCGGUUCCAUCUUGAAGGCCAAGCAUCCCAUGGAGAAUGGGCUAAUUAAUGAGCUCCCCGGCAUCCCUGAAAACCCAAAGGUACAGGUAGUAGAGAGCACGUGCGUGAUGUUUCAGAACCCUUGCCACCACGCAGCCCUUGCCUAAACCAGACUCUAGAAGACCAGGGAGGAGCCGACCCAAACACAAAUCGUUUCAUUUUGCAAGUCUAGACCUUGCUCAGAAAAAUCUCUUUAGGCUGCUUCUCUCACCCAUUACAACAUGUAAUAUUAUUUAAAACCACCCAGUGGCAAGAUGCCUAAAAAUCAUUUGGUUCCAGUUGGCUGUAAACAAAUUUCUUCUUUAAAGGCAAAAAAAAAAAAAAAAAAAAUUCUCAUUUGAGUAUAGGCUUAUAUGGAAGAAGAAGUUGGAUAUAAAAGGUGGAUAGAGAAGCCUACAGGGAAGACCAACCCAUGGUUUUUAAUUUUUUCUUAAGAAUUGAUUUUUAAUUCUUAUCCAAGUAAUAUUUAUUCACAGUAUAUAAAGAAACAAAUACUAUAUGACCUUUAAUGAAAACUAGCAGUCCCCUAAGUCUGGUUCCCUGGAAGCAACACUUUCAACCCUUUUAGCUGUUUCUUAUUAUUUGCUUUUGCUUUUCUACAUAACAUGCUUAUACUUGUUUUGCUUUUUUAAAUUAGAAAUGUCUCCAACUUACUCUUUUUUUUUUUUUCUCCAACUUACUCUUACAGUGGAUGGGGGUCUCGCCCCUCUCCAUCCCCCACUUUGUUUUCCUGAUGUGGUUACGUCACAUCAUUCCAUGCAUGUCUGUUCAGCGUGCGUGCAUAAGGACCCUUCAUGCCUGAGCCAAGCAGUGCACUGUGGUAACACGCCCUUUCUUGCCAAAAUUUUCCCCCUUGGUUUGAUAAUCUUUUGUUUUGUUUUUUGGGUUAUUUAUUUAUUUAUUUAUUUUUUGGCGUGGCACAUUUUUUAGUGACUUCCUGAGGAAAGUAACAUGGGAAGUAAAUAUCGUAAAUAUUUUAAGAUCUUGCAUACCUUAAAAUGUCUUGAUUCUGCCCAUACCCAAGGGUAGCUGGGUAUAGGAUUGCUCGUAAGAAUAACUCCCUCCUACUGCCCCCCACCCAGCAUAGUUGUUAGGACUUCUGGCACCAUCCACAUCCCCAAGCCUCUAGAUGUGACUUGGGUUUCUCCCUACCUCCAAAGAAGCAUUCAAGAUCCCUUUCUUAGUGCUCUGAGCUGUUCUGGUGGUGGCAUGUCCUCACCAGAGGUGGUGUGAUGUCAUGCUGGGUUCUCGUGGGAAACUUCGUGGAUUUUUUUUUUUUUUUUUACGAUGGUUCACAUCCUUUCUUUCUGAAGCUCCUGUUAUUCCAAUGUUGGACCUUCCAGGCUAUAAUCCUUUAAUAUUUUUUAUCUUUUCUAGUUAUAGUCUUCUUGUCAGGAUCUGAUUUCAGGGAGAGGCAUUCAGCUUUAUCUUCUCGUGUACUGGUUGAAUAUUUAAUGCUUUAUUUCCAGAAUGUUUUGUUGCUAUUCUCUUGUUCCUGUUUUAUCGUGUCAUGUUCUUGUUUCAUGGAUGCAGCUCUUCUCUCUCUGUGGAUGUUCCUGACGGGGUUUGGGGAAAUUCUUUUCUGCUCCUCUGUGCUAUCUAUGUUUACUCUAAGUUCCCUUUCUCCUGGUUAGUCUCAGGCUCUGUUGUUCAUAUUACAGGCUUUUUCAAAUACCUGAUGGUUCUUGGAUCUGUUCAUAUUAAAGAGUGACACAUCAGAAAACAAAUUGGAAGCUCUGUGUAUCAACCGGUGGGCUUUUCGGUAUGGUCACCAAGUUAGCACCUGGACCCUUCAUGGGAGUACCCUACAUAUCAAUUUCAGGUCUUUUCUCUAGGGCUUAUUGUGUUUCUUUCAAGAUAUUUUCACUUCUCUCCUGCCUGAGAAAGAGGGACAUACAUAGAGCUUCUACUGGCCUAUGUAGUGUCCUCAUGCAGUUUCAAUAAAAGGCAUUCCCUCUGGGUGGAUGACUUAGAGAAAGAUGCCCCUUUGAGCAGAUGCCACCCAUAGGUACUUGGCUUACUGGCAGAUGGCAUUUUUUGCCUCUUUCUCCAGCAAGAUGUAGACCUGAGCUAGGACAAGGCUUGAGGAGCAGAGCAGGGACUAGAUUUUAACUCCCAGCUGUUCCCUUAGCCAAGCACCUUUGUGCAGUGCACAGACUGUAGAGCUGUACCUGGAGAUCUAGCAUACACCUGAGUGCUUGUGUCCUGACCCAAGCAGGCGGUCUCCUCACAGUCAGUACUUAGACUCGUUAAUUUGCUCCUGCCUUGCUAUGCCUGGUGUUCCUGAGUUGGAGUCCCCCUGAUUCCGCUGUGGAGUAGGACUGCAGCUGAGGCUGCUCCAUGGCAUGCCUCUGCCGGUGUGUGGUGGUCAAGUCCUGUGCCCUGCUACUCAUUGGUUGGCAUCUCUCGCCUACCGUCAGCCCCUCUCCAUCCCAUUAUCUUCAUUCCUUUGCUAUUAUUUUCAUGGGCUUUCAUGAGGCAUGAGAGCACACCAUCUUGAACCACAGAUCCCACUUGAGCCUUCUUGCCGCUUUGCUGGGUGGCUCGCUGUUCGGUGCAUGUGUCUGUGAGCCCACCCUGAGCCCGGCUGGGGCUGUGGCAGUGGCAGUGGCCAUCCUGCUGAGCUGUGGCCAGCCAGGUGCCUCCGCAUAAUUGCAUACCAGCUGGCAGAGAGGGAGGAAUGGCCCUUGAAAGCUCUACUUGAGCCCCCCAAGUAAGAAGUGAUCCUUCCUUCCUUCCUUCCUUCCUUCCUUCCUUCCUUCCUUCCUUCCUUCCCUCCCUCCUUCUUCAUUCAUCCCCUGCCCCCAGACACUCAGAUCUCCCACUCUCCACGAGCUCUAGUCUGAGGUGUCCUGUGGAAACAUUUAGGAAACAAGCAGUCCCCACUCAUGUUUGCCAGCAAACAGGGUCUUCCCUCUCUGUUGGUCAGCUGUGCGGAACCUGGUGAGCACAGCGUCCUGUCCUGGCCAGACGUGGCCUCCGUGGGAAGACGGGUUCCCACCAGGACUUGGAGCCAGGCAGUACACCUUCACGGCCCAGGACAGCCACCUGGAUGCCACUUCUCCCUUUCUGGGAUGCAGCGAAGUGCCACCAGCCCUCUCCCCCACACAGUGCAUGCCUGCUCCUUGGAAGGGGUGAGCAUUUUAGGAGGCAGAAGCAUUUAGAGGCCCCUUCUUUGGUCUGUCUUUAUAAGUCCUAGAGUUUUCUAUAGCUUUAGGGAUCUCGUGAGAGGGUCUAGCACAUCAUCCAAGCAGCAAGAACAACUGAAGGGCAGGAAGGGGAUGUGACUAGUCACACUGCUAGUUAGUGACCCCAAUAUGGUCCUCUUGAUUCCCAAUCACAUUCUCUACACAACUGCAUCCUGAAGCUACCCUGCUCCUCCCUCUUUUCCCAGGACUCCCAAUGUCAGGAAGCUAACCUCUCAAACACGAAUCAGAGUAAACACGUGAAGAAUGUAUCUUACUGAGUAUCAGAAACCACCGGAGCUGCUUUGGUGAGAACUAGUCCCUUUCCAUGGUUAGGGCACUAGAAUGCAGUCACGUGACAUGAUGCUUUUCCCCGCAAGCUCAGUUUUUCAAUCUUUGGAACGCCUGCUGGAGUUUGGAGAUGUGCCCCCACCAUCCCACUUAGAGAUCCUCCUCAGGGAUCUCUGCCGAAUUACCCACCUGUACUCAGCUUCACAUCCUGGAGUCCCCAAAGUGAGUUGCGUUGGAGUUUCAAGCCAGAACCUUCUCAGCAAUGCUCUUGCCAGGAAGCCAGCACAUAAAGCUCUCCAAGGUCCAGCUGGGCUCUUUCUCUUUCCCUGACAUUGCCUAAUCACUGCUGAAACCACCAGGGGAAGAUUGAACAUCCUGGGCCUGCAGCCGCCGUGGGAAGCUGCCACCCAAUAGUAGGUUCUUGGUCUGGCCCUCCCAGCUGGUGAGCAGGGUGGCUCCGGUGACACAGUCCAGGUGCCAGGGCGCAACGCUGAAGGCUGGGAGCCGGCAGGGGUGACAUCAUGCUUAUUUGCUGAAAAUUGGUGCUGAGGUUGCCUUCACCCUUAGCCAAGGGAGGGAGCCAAGAAAGGAGACCUGGCUGCUUUGCUGGACAUUGAGUCUACGCAUCUUUCGACUCUACUUUUGUCAGGCAUUUCAUUGCAGAAGGACAACAGCUUGGGGGAAAGGAGUCAGGUGCCUGGGAACAUGGGCUUGGGAUGCAUUUUGCCCCCAGAUCUUCCAUUUCUGUCGAGUGCAGGCACUGUGGCUUCAGGCUCCGUGUGAGGCUCAGCCCUCCCUGCUCUAAUUUUUCAGAGUCCCCCACUGGCCGGCAGGCCUUGUCAUUUCUCCCACUUGGGCUUGGGGUGAGCUUGGGUGAGGGAGUAAUCGGGCCAAGGCUUAGAGACCUGGAGCUCCUGCUUCUCCGAGAGUCGCCGGAGGACCAUCUGAGUUCCUGGGCGCCCUGGCCUGGCCUGGAAUCAGCAGGCCCCACAGAGCCGGGGAGACGACUGAUGUGUGUUUAUACUUGGUUCUGAGAAGCUUGAUGAAAAUGCAUCAGGCAAGAGUUCUCGUCGGCCCAGGGCUGUCUUAUCAACAAGCCAGAAGACGUUCUCGUGUAUGGGGAAGAGACAACCAGGAUUUUGUCCUGUUUGACCACGUUGUUCUUUAAACACAACACUACUCGACCAUCCGGGGGCUGGUCCCACUGCUGGCUUUUGAAAUUCCUGGCACCCAGCAGCCAGGUCUAUCUUUCAUCCUGCAGGGGCCUGCCUCACUGAACCCAUCAGGAUUCCUUUCCUCCUCCUCCCGGAGGUGGUGUGGGAUCCAAAAAGUGCAAGUUUGGGAAUCGUUAGACCUAGGUUUGAGGCCCUGCUCUGUCACCUGGUAUCCGGAUGAUCACGUAGGUCUCUUAAGUGUCUUCUGUACAGAGCAGACCUUCCGUACAUACUUGUGGAAUGAAUCAGGCUUCCUUGCAAGUUGGCCACAAAGCUGUAAGUGUCCAGUAAGUGGCUCCUUGCUCUGAAUUCCCCUCCUCUCCAAGCUUUGCAGUCGCCUCCUCUCCUUAUGUUCCAUUGACCAGAGCUUCUUGCAGCCUCUCCAGCCCCCUUUCAUCCCCACCAGCUGCUCUGUCUCAAAUCUAAUCCUAGGCUUUUAAAGAGGAAGUUGAACAUCUGGCUCUUGGUCUGAACUUGGGUCUUGAUCUCAGGGUCGUGAGUUCAGACCCUGCAUUGGGCUCCACCCUGAGUGUGGAGCCUCCUUAAAAAUAAGUAAAUAAUUAGGAAGCUGAAGCCACUUUGUACCCAUUAUUCAUUGGACCCUCAGGACCACCUUGGGAGGUUAUUGCAGAGACAAAGCUAAAGCCCAGGGAGGAAAAAUGAGAUCACAACAGAGCCGGAGAGUGCCAGAGCCCAGAACAUAGAGGACGCUAGUUUUCAAAUGCUCAGUUUCACCCUGGACGUCACUGCUUAGAAGAUAAAGUUAUGCCCUAAAAUAAGUUUCUGAUUCUUGAGACUUUGGCCAAGUUUGCAACUGAGGGUGGAGAUUCCCAGAGCUGGGAAGGUGGUGGACUUGGUUGGUCUGGUGGCCCCAUCAUGCAUCCUCCCCACUCCUAAAUUUCUGCACACCACUCCCAACUCCUUAUCAAAACUGCUUAAAUGUCUCCUUCGUGUUCGUGUAAAAAUGACUGAAGAUGCCCCCGAUUCCUGUUUUAGCCUAUGGUUGCAGAUUCACAACUACAAUGAAUGCCUCUAAAGAAACUGUAGCAGUAAGAUCUCAGCAUCUAACCUCAAAAAUUUCAGCCACCGAUUAACUACCCAUCCUUCCCCCCGUCCCCGCUAAUCACCUCUCCACUCCCAACACACACUUUUAAAAAAUAUGUAUAUUCAUUUAUUUGAGAGAGAGAGCAGGUGCAGGUGGUGGGAGGGGCAGAGGGAGCCGGAGAGAGAAUCUCAAGCAAAUUCUGCACUGGGCUUAGAGCCUGAGGUGGAGCUCCCAUCUCAUGACCUUGAGAUCCUGACCUCAACCAAAAACCAGAAGCAGAUGCUCAACCCACUGACCCAGGUGCCCUCCAACAUACUUUUUUUUUCAGAGCAGGAAAUUAGGCUCACUGUCCUUCAAAACACAAACGCAUUUCAUUGGGCCGGGCCGAGCAUAAUUAAAAUAGGAAUGGAGAGGGUGCCUGGGUGGCUCAUUUGGUUAAGCAUCAUCCUUUGGCUCAGGCUCGGGUCAUGAUCCAAAGCCCUGGGACUGAGUCCUGAGUCAGGCUCCCUGCAGAGUCUGCUGCUCCCUCUCCCUCUACCUGCUGCUUCCUCUGCUUGUGUUCUCUCUCUCUCUCUCUCUCUCUCUCUAUGUAAAGAAAUAAAAUCUUUAAAUAAAUAAAUAAAAUAGGGAUGGGGGAUUUGGAUUCUUGGAUGAAGCCAUAAUUGGUUGGGCUGUGAGAUAGGAAUGUUUAUUUUUCCUUUGUGUUAAUUUUAAAAGUUGUGAUUUUGCAUUGUUCCAAAAACGGAAAUAUAUUUUGAUUGGUUUAUUCCAUUUGUAGCCGCUACCACUUCGUUUAGCCCCAUGCAGAGUCGGUAAGAACGGAUCCUCUGCAGGGCUGUGCUAUGAGGAAGAACAGCCACAAAGGCCUCUGUUCCUAAACGUCCUGCAAGGAUUGAACCAUUCCUUUAAAGGAAACUCUAGGAGUUUCUGUAACCUAGAGAAUUGACAUUGUUCCAAAGUAGGACAACACUGGCCCACAUCCCGGCUCUGGUUCACCUGCUGGGACACCUUGAAUAAUUCAUUUACCUCUCUGGGUCAGAAGUCGGAAAAUCUUUGUAAAAGUCCUUCCUAGCUUUAAAAACCCAAGGGUUAGCAAAGUAGUUUUUUUUUUUUUUUAAUCUCAGUAAUUGACCUCUUUGCUUAAAAUAAGUGCAUCUCUCUGUAUUUGGAAGUGAAACCCCAAGCUCAGAACGUUGCUUUCGGCUUUAUUGUUUGAUAAAGGUGCCUUCGGAAAGGGUUUGGUAAAAGUAUAGUCCGUUAGGGGUGGGAAACAAAAGAGUGGGAUGGGGGAGAUCUGCUUCCCAGGGCUCCUGGACCUAAACUGAUUCCCUUAAAUUAAGUCUGUGUCGGAGGCAGUUUGCCAAGGAAACCCAUCCCAUGUGCCAAAGUUCAGCCGUAGAAACAAAGAGCUGUGGACUGGAUCUUCCCACCCUUCCCAUCUUUUCCCCCUUUCCUCUAGACUCCCCCAGUUAACAGGUACAGAAAUCCCACUCAAGUUGGGCUAUUUGCUAACAUUGGAUCCCGUUAGCCAAAGGCUGGCACGUUUGCGGAGAGUGGCCCUGAGUGGGCACAGCACCUGCGGGGCAGGUGCCCCGAGGAGGAGGCCUGCCUUUUGUGCCUGAAAUUGCACCAUAACCUAGUGCCCACAUCACUUGCAUCGCAGCCAAAGACAAAUAGGAGAAAUGGUUGUUCCCUGCCAAAUGUCAUCCGGACAGAUGACUAAGCCUGGAAACGGUUUCUUCAGAGCCUGUUCUGUUUGGAUGGUGAUACGAGUUUGUUCCAAGCUCUGUGAUAUGUUUAACAGAUUCAGUGCUAUAGUUUCUUUUAAGCUUCACGGACAAUGUCAGAACAUUUUUAUUGAUACUGAGAGCUCUAAGAGAACUACUGGGAAAAAAAAAGUAAAAUGUUAUUUUGUAGAACAAGGAUUAUUUUGUCUAUUUAGUAUAUAUAUAUAGCCGUAGCUUUGUAAAAAGGGAUCUUUGUAAAAAAAAUUGUACGAAUGUGCACUCUUAUUUAUUGAUUAUUGUAAAUGAAGACAUAAAUGACUAUUUGCAUAAUUUAUACCUGUGGGAAAUUAACUGGAGUAUUUGCUAUUUGACCGUUUUCUAUUAAGGAAUAGUAGGCUCGGUGCUAUGAUGAAUGGUCUUGGAAAAUCACAUGUAUUCUUAAAAUUUUUAAGUAUAAAUUUCAUGAACUGUC